CUCAAUCAUAACUGAUAAGCUCAUCCCUCCAAUCUUUAUCUAUUAAAGCGACUCUCCUUUUCCUCUAUUUCUGUACCUGCUGUUUUCUAUAUUGCAAUGCCACUCUUCCCCUUUUAUCCAAAGUUGCUGCUUUCUUCUUCCCCUUCACAGAUGUUAGCUAAGCAUAUAAAGCUUUAUUCUUUAUAGAACACCACUUUCGAAAGUGCUUGAUUAAUAUUAGAUUAUAUUAUAAUCAUUACAAAGUGAUUUUCAUUUUUGUACUGUUGGUGAGAUUUGUCAGUGAUUUUAAUGAGUGACAGGUCGAGUUAUCGAGUGCAUUGACGAAAAGUAAUACUAUACCACCCUGUUAUUAGUUCAUUGAAGGUCUCUGUGCCAAAGGACUGAAGACAGUCAAUAAAUAUCCAUAAAGGGUCACUGGUCUCUCUGCACUCUGCAGAAGUCCAAAUCACUUGAAACGUAUUUUCCUACUUAUUAUUAUCUUUUGUACGAAGACAAAGAUCCGUAUACAACUUGUUCAAGUUUAUAUAGUUGUCCACUCUAUUCAGUAACUAAGCAAGGAAGCAAGGAAGCAAGGAGAGCACAAGCACAUAUUUUCAGAAGCAAGAAGAGAGAUGAGCAUGGCAGAAGCAAAAGAAAAGAAAGAGAUUGAGAAUGAGGUCGACAUGGAAGAGCCACAGGAUGAAGAAACAGAGAAACAAGGGAGAGCUCAACCAUGGACAAAGCAAAUUACUUUAAGAGGAGUAUUAGUGAGUGUUGUGAUUGGGGCCAUCUAUAGUGUGAUAGCCAUGAAGCUGAACCUCACAACUGGGCUGGUUCCUAAUCUAAAUGUUUCUGCAGCACUUCUUGCUUUUGUGUUUGUAAGAACAUGGACAAAAAUGCUUCACAAGGCAGGAUAUGUAGCCAAACCCUUUACCCGGCAGGAGAAUACUAUGAUUCAAACUUGUGCAGUUGCUUGUUAUAGUAUAGCUGUGGGAGGUGGUUUUGCUUCUUACCUUUUGGGAUUAAACAGGAAGACAUAUGAGUUAUCAGGAGAACACACUGCAGGGAACUCUCCAAGAGCUAUAAAGGAUCCUGGAUUUGGGUGGAUGACUGGCUUCCUUUUUCUAGUUUGCUUUGUUGGCCUUUUCGUCUUAAUUCCACUUAGAAAGAUCAUGAUAGUAGACCUCAAGCUGACUUAUCCAAGCGGCUUAGCAACCGCAGUUCUCAUCAAUGGCUUCCAUACCCAGGGAGAUAAGAUGGCCAAGAAACAAGUUCGGGGGUUCACUAAGUAUUUUUCGAUCAGUUUCUUGUGGGCAUUUUUCAAGUGGUUUUUCUCAGGGAAACAAGCAUGUGGAUUCGGACAGUUCCCUACUUUUGGGAUGCAAGCUUGGAAGCAAACAUUUUUCUUUGAUUUUAGUGCUACUUUCGUGGGAGCAGGGAUGAUCGUUUCCCACCUAGUGAACUUGUCUUUGCUUCUUGGGGCAGUCCUUUCAUAUGGGAUUAUGUGGCCACUGAUUAAUAAGCUCAAGGGAGAUUGGUUCCCUGAGAAUUUAGAAAGUGAAGCAGACAUGAAAGGCUUGUAUGGUUACAAGGUUUUCAUAUCAGUUGCUCUGAUCCUUGGAGAUGGGCUCUACAAUUUCCUCAAGAUAAUGAGCUGUACCAUCAUGAAUAUCCAUGGCAGAUUAAAGAGCAGCAACCUUGAUACAGAUGCUGUGGAUGACCAGCACAAUUCACUUGAUCUAAAACAAAAUGAACUCUUCAUCAGAGAGAAGAUACCCAUGUGGAUAGGAGUCGUCGGAUAUGUCUUCUUCUCCAUUAUAUCCACAAUCGCUGUCCCAAUGAUAUUCCCUCAGCUUAAAUGGUACUAUGUUGUAGUUUCUUACAUUCUUGCUCCAUCUCUGGCAUUUUGCAAUGCUUAUGGAGCUGGUCUUACCGACAUGAACAUGGCUUAUAAUUAUGGCAAAGUUGCUCUCUUUGUACUAGCUGCACUGUCUGGGAAAGAGAACGGUGUCGUUGCAGCUCUUGCCGGGUGUGGCCUUAUAAAAUCUGUUGUCUCUGUUGCUUGCAUCCUUAUGCAGGAUUUUAAGACAGCCCAUCUUACUCGCACAUCUCCAAGAGCUAUGUUCAUGAGCCAGGUUAUUGGAACUGCAGUUGGCUGUGUGAUGGCUCCUCUCAGCUUCUUCCUCUUCUACAAAGCAUUUGAUGUUGGAAAUCCAAAGGAAGAGUUUAAGGCUCCUUAUGCACUAAUCUAUAGAAACAUGGCAAUCCUUGGAGUUCAGGGAUUCUCAGCUCUGCCUCAACAUUGUUUACAGCUUUGUUAUGGCUUUUUUGGUUUUGCAGUAGCAGUUAACCUCGUGAGAGAUCUCUCGCCGCAGAAACUUGGUCAAUGGAUGCCACUUCCAAUGGUUAUGGCAGUUCCCUUCCUUGUGGGUGCUUACUUCGCCAUUGAUAUGUGUGUUGGAAGUUUAAUUGUUUUCACAUGGCAAAAAAUCAGUACAAAGAAGGCAGAGCUUAUGGUACCAGCAGUUGCUUCAGGAUUGAUCUGUGGAGAAGGGCUAUGGACUCUUCCUGCUGCUGUGCUUGCUCUGGCCAAAAUAAACCCACCAAUCUGCAUGAAAUUUCUACCUUCCUAGCGCUGCAGAAACCUCUUGAAAUCCCUUGAUCUGAAAUGAGACGGUUAUCUCAUGUAUAGAUAGUUGAAUUUGAUACCGCCUACACAUUUGUAAUUGAUAUGGGUGUACUCGCAUUUAUGGAAUUAGGUGUUCAGUAUUUGUUAUCAUGAAUAAACAUCUUACUGUUCUUGAUAAAGAAAA